AGUCCCGCAGAGAAGAAACGGUCUCUCUCUGUGCGUGUUAAUGGCGAUGAAGUUCAUCAUCAAUCGAUUUUCCAACUCCAGAAACAAAAUAUAACUACAUAUGCUAUUAUCAUUCUGCAUGCUCCUCCAUGAAUCCUCAGUGGUUGAAGGUGGUAUUUUAAUACAAAGCUGAAAACAUUGUGGGAGAAUUUGAGAAUAGAAGAGAGGAGUGGUUAAUGAUGUCUGACGAGGAUAACAAGCAAUGGAUUUGUGGAAAGGGUCGAACAGUGAAUCUACAUAGAUUUAGUUCCGUUGUUCGCGAUAUUGGAGAGCCAUGUCUUCAUCAGUCACCAAUAAAGGUUAUCAUAGCUAUAAGCAGAAUGCUAAAGCCAGACAAGUGGCAGUCUACUUUUGAUGAUGAUGGGAAAGCUUUUGGUUUCUCUAAAGUACUCAAAUCAAUCAUUGCUGGGGGAGUGGAUCCAUCUAUAAGGGCAGAAGUGUGGGAAUUUCUUCUCGGGUGUUACAGUAUAAGCAGCACUACGGAACAUAGGAAUCAAUUAAGAACUGCCCGGAGAGAGAGAUAUGGAGAACUUGUCAAGCAAUGCCAGAUGAUGCAUUCAAGUAUAGGGACUGGUUCUCUUGCUUAUGUUGUUGGUUCCAAAGUCAUGGAUGUGAGGACAAUAUCCAAAGAUGAGGGGAAAAGGGAUACUGAACUGGCAAGGAGACACACAUCAGAUGAUGAUACUAGUAACAGUUGUACAGAUACAUCAUAUCCAUUCCAAAGGGAGAACUCUAUUGCUUCGCCUGACCUAGUUAGUGUUAGGAAAAGCACGGAUAGUGCAGCAUAUGAUUCUUCUUUUUAUAUGGCUACUUCAGGUCCUUGUAACCCUAGUUCUCAGAAGCUUGAGAAUGAUGUGCAUGAACCACAAUAUGUAAUUGAAAGUUAUUUUGAUUUUCCUCCAUUGCCUGUUACUAAUUUGUUUGAAAAGAGUCACAAAGAUAAAAGGCAUGACACAUCUGAAACUAGGCAUCAUACAGAAAGCAAAGUGCAAUAUGACGACGACGGUAUGCAUAGUUUCCGAAUAAACAACAAUAUAGAUAUAGUCAUGGAAGCAAAUUCAUCUGCGCCCAUCAACUCUGAAAUUGAAUUGAUCCUUCCAAAUAUUCCACAACCAUUAUCCCGGGGCAGCAAUAUGGAAGACAAAACUGGUUUUGUGAACAGGCUUAGAUUGUCUGAAACACUCCAAACUUCAUCUACAGAUGCUGCUACAUUCAAAGAAGGUGCUGUUAAUGACGAAAGAGUAUCUGAAUGGCUUUGGACUCUGCAUCGUAUAGUUGUUGAUGUUGUUAGAACAGACAGUCAUCUUGAAUUCUACGAGGAUAAGAAGAAUUUAGCUCGUAUGUCAGAUAUUCUUGCGGUGUAUGCUUGGGUUGAUCCUGCUACAGGAUAUUGCCAAGGCAUGAGCGACUUGCUUUCUCCUUUUGUUGUUCUUUUUGAGGAUAAUGCUGAUGCUUUUUGGUGCUUUGAGAUGCUUAUAAGGAGAAUGCGUGAAAACUUUCAAAUGGAAGGACCAACAGGUGUGAUGAAGCAGUUGGAAGUACUGGGACAGAUUCUUGAACUGACCGAUAGAGAAAUGUUUGCUCACCUUACACACAUAGGUGCUGAAAGUUUUCAUUUUGCCUUCAGAAUGCUGUUAGUGUUGUUUCGACGUGAAUUAUCUUUCGAUGAGGCUCUUUGUAUGUGGGAGAUGAUGUGGGCUGCUGACUUUGAUGAGUCUUUGGCUCACCAUCUAGAAGAAAACUGUUUGGAGCCAUUGAUAAUAAGGAUCCCAAGUGCAAAGAGUCAAGAAGAUGGCACUUUGAGUGCAGAUGAUGGUAACCUAAAGAGCAGUCCACAAUUGAAUAUAGGAAAUGUGAGUGAUAAUGAUAGUGCGAGAAGUGGGCCUCCAUCAAAUGGAAAUGACAAUGGUAGUGGUGUAAAAAGUGGCCCACUAUCAAAUCAUGCUAAUGGAAAUGACAAUGGUAGAGUAAAAUGUGGCUUGCAGCCUAACUCUGACAGCGAUGGAGUUAGAUCUGCAUCAUCAACUCGUCCAUUUUGUGGAUUAUCAAAGGGUUUUUGGUCCAAAAGUGACAGGUUUCACACAUGUACUAUAGUUUCAUCAAGCAAUUGUGAAGAUGAGUUGUCUGUCUUUUGUGUGGCAGCAAUUCUAUUCACAAACCGUCAGAAAAUCAUAAGAGAGACCUGUGCAAUUGAUGAUCUUAUAAAGAUAUUCAAUGAUGGGAUGUUCAAGUUCAGGGUUAAAAGAUGUAUACACACAGCUAUCAAACUGAGGAAGAAAUACUACUUUAAGUUGAAGAGAAACAGGAGUCCAGUGACUUGGGACGAUGACUAGUAUGGAUUAGUUUGACGGACCGAAUAAUUGGUUGAGAAAAUCUCAGCUUUGGAUUGCUUAGGAAUAUAUUUCAAGUCAGGGGCACAACUACCUCAUUUGUUUGAUAUUUCAGAGUCCACAUUAUCAUAGCAAGUGCACAUAUGCUGUCUGAUAAUUCACAUAUCUGUCUACCACCUUGUACUACAUUAUAUAGGGAAGAACAAAAAACGAGGAAUCGACAUAGUCUGCGUCUCUCUGAUGGGUGGACUAUAUUGAGAUGUACUUAUUGCAGGUGAGAGGGGACAUGAUUCCUUCUUUGUUAUUCAUUUUGCAUGUCAUCAUGCAAGAAGAUAUAUUACCAUAUAUAUUAAGUGUCAUUUCUUAUUGAAGAAAAAUAUCCAAGCUGAGUUAAUGAAAUUUUAUGAUUCUCUC